GAGCGGAUGCGACGACUGGCUGCAAAUCGCCUGCUGAUCAGGCAAUCGUUACGUCGCUCACUUCGGUGACGUAGAACUACUUGUACACCUGCAGGCACGCUGCGUCCUCUGGAUCAACCUAGGCACCGCUGAUGGGAUGAAGAGUGUAACAGAGGGAUCUCUCAUGACCCUUUGCGGAUCAUCACUUCUGCCUGAUCACAGGCGACGCAGGCACCACAUUUGAGCUGUAUCGGCUGCCACUACCAACCUCAUCAAGCCCUCAGAGGCUUGGCCCGAUUUCCAGUUGAGACGUGGGGGCACCCGGCUCAAUGGGCGAGGUCUCCUCGUAUCGUGCCGCCUGCCUUUGUUGCCCUCAAGAUCCGGACCGUCCAUCCGUGCCCCAACUUGCGAGGCCAGCAAUGCGCUUGAUUUGGAUCGAAAUGCUUUGCUGUCCUCUCUCAUCCCACUCGCGGCCUUUCCACCAUCGCCUCAGAAUCAUGCGCCUCACCGCUCUGCUCAAGAACUUUGGCCUCCUGACGGGCCUCAGUCUCGAAUUCGUUUGUCUUGUCCUUGGCGAUAUCGUUGCUAUUGGACGAUGCUACACCACCAGUCGCGACUGUAAUGGUAUCUACCAGACGGUGAAGGGCAACCGGCGAGGGGCUUCAAGCAUCACUUCGAGCUGCACGUCCUUCAUUACCUUUCAUCCCCUCCAAGAAGCAUGCUCUGUUUCGGACUGCAGCCAGGGCUGUGAGAGGAAGUAUUGGGCUGGCGCUGAUUGCGUGGCUUUAUCCGGGACGCGGGAGGUCAAGUGCGUCAUCACGACGUGAGCCAUGUACUGAAUGCUCGAGAACGUUGGGAUGAUGAUGAUGAGAAGGUGUGAGCUGGUGAAGCUCCUGUAUCCGCUCCGUUCCGUUCCGAGUCCGCGUCUCGUCCUUUG